AGGAAAGGGCAAAAUUGUCCGCAUAACUCCGGCGCCGCUAUGAGUACAGAGUACACAGAUCUAUGGAUAGAUGAGUUGCCAUUCUCUCCCCCGGCUCGAUCUCCGGCUAUUCGACUGCUUCUUCUUCUCGCCCUUCUCAUCUCUCAAAUCGGAGCAAUUUUCGGGCCAAGAUGUCGGGAAAAGGCGCCAAGGGUUUGAUCAUGGGCAAAACCUCGGCCAGCGCGGCCAAAGAUAAAGAUAAGGACAAGAAGAAGCCCACCUCUCGCUCAUCUCGCGCCGGUCUCCAGUUUCCCGUUGGACGCAUUCACCGGUUGCUGAAAGAGAGAACAACGGCGAAUGGAAGAGUGGGAGCGACAGCAGCAGUAUACUCUGCAGCCAUUCUGGAGUAUCUGACAGCAGAAGUGUUGGAGUUGGCAGGCAACGCGAGCAAGGAUUUGAAGGUGAAGCGUAUCACUCCAAGGCACUUACAGCUGGCAAUUCGGGGCGACGAAGAACUAGACACCCUCAUCAAAGGAACUAUAGCUGGCGGUGGAGUCAUCCCUCACAUCCACAAGUCACUCAUCAACAAGUCUUCCAAGGAAUGAUUGGGUGAUCGCUUACCUGUUUUCUGGUCUUGUUACUUUCUCUGUGUUCUUAUCUACUAGGCUCUCUAGUCAGUCUCAUUCUUAACUGUAUUUGCCAAAAUUGCAUCUAACUAAGCACAGUCAUUCUGGAUGUUCAUGGAUUCUAAGACCCCCCCCCCUAGUGUGGGUGUGUUUCUUUAGACUGCUUUAAUGCU